GCAAUCGGCAUUAAUGGGUGGUCAAAUGACUAUGUAUACUGAUUUGCCCUAUCACGUGUCUACUCAUAUAUAGAGUAAUAAACAAACUUAAUGGUUUGUACUUGGUAGUUGUUCACUACUUCGUAUUAUUCAUUGGAUAUUAGGAGUACAACAUUAAGAUGAAUGAAACGCCAACUAUGCAAUUCAUACUAUAAAAGUGGACCUUUUACAACCAGUCAGCCAUAACAAAAAAUCCUCUACGAAGUAAGAGAGGAAAGAGAUACGAGGUGCUGUUUCAUUCCAAGGGAGGCCAGAAAAUGAGAACUUUCUUGCAGACCAAGAAUGCAGAGAAUGGUCAUGUAGGAAGGAAGACAGGCUCCCUGGAAGAUUUGGAAGUAUGGAACACAAGUAUACAGAGAGAGACGGUGGAGCAAUUAACAGACUGGGUGAAUGUCAUCCAAGAGAAGCGGAGGCGCUAGCCACGCGGGAGGCUUUAAGCUGGAUCAAGGAAACAAGUUGGUCUAAUAUCGAUGUAGAAUCGGACGCGCUCCAACUAAUUAAGGCCAUCCAAGACGGGCAACAAGAGUCAGCAUUUGGUGUUAUUGUUGAAGACAUUAAAGAUUUAUCAACUUCUAUUUCUGGAAUAGAGUUUACUUAUGUAAAGCGGUCAGCGAACCGAGUAGUCCAAAACCCGGCUAAGGCCUGGUUCUAUGUCUUGUUGCCGUAGUUGGACUGGAGAUCCCCUGAUUGUAUUCACCGUGCUUUGAACCGUGAUUGUAUUUCUUAUUGCCAAUACUAAUGAUGAUCAAUCGAAAUAAAACAAACCAUGAAUG